UCAUUGAGGAGUCCCUUAAAGCCUAGAGAAACUGUUUUCAUGGUCACUCACUCACAUACAUAUCUACUUAUUAAAAAACUUUUUCAGGCACACGAGAAAAAGAAAAUGGCAUCUCAAACCGUUUCUAGAGGACAAAAACCACAUGUGGUUUGCGUGCCUUUCCCGGCUCAAGGCCACAUCAACCCGAUGCUGAAAGUGGCUAAACUCCUACACACCAGAGGCUUCCACGUCACCUUCGUCAAUACCAUCUACAACCACAAACGUCUCCUCCGUUCCCGUGGACCCAACGCCCUCAACGGGAUUCCUUCUUUCCGGUACGAGUCUAUUCCUGAUGGUCUUCCCGAGACCAACAAGGACGCCACCCAGGACGUCCCUCCUCUUUGUGCGUCCACAAAGAAAAACUGUCUAGCUCCAUUCAAGGAGCUUCUCAGGCGGAUCAACACGGCAGAUGAUGUUCCUCCGGUGAGUAGUAUUGUAUCGGACGGUAUAAUGAGCUUUACCCUUGAUGCUGCGGAGGAACUUGGAGUCCCGGAUGUUGUUUUUUGGACAACCAGUGCUUGUGGCUUCUUGGCUUAUCUAUAUUUCUAUAGCUUCAUCGAGAAGGGGUUAUCACCACUAAAAGAUGAGAGUUACUUAACCAAGGAGAACUUAGACACAAAAAUAGAUUGGAUACCAUCAAUGAGAAACUUAAGACUAAAGGACAUCCCAAGCUUCAUCAGAACGACUAAUCCUGACGACAUAAUGCUCAACUUUUUUGUUCAUGAGGCUGACCGAGUCAAACGCGCUUCUGCUAUCAUUCUUAACACAUUCGAUGAGCUCGAACAUGACACCAUCCAAUCUAUUAAAUCUAUUAUACCUCAUGUGUACUCUGUUGGACCGCUCCAACUACUGGUGAAGCGGGAGAUGAAAAAGGAUAGUGAGAUCAGACAAAUGGAAACAAAUUUGUGGAGAGAGGAGAGGGAGUGUUUGGAUUGGCUCAAUACCAAAUCUCCAAACAGUGUCGUUUAUGUUAAUUUCGGAAGCAUAACAGUGAUGAGUGCAAAACAUCUCGUGGAGUUUGCUUGGGGUUUGGCAGCAACAAAGAAAGAUUUCUUGUGGGUGAUCAGGCCGGAUUUAGUAGUUGGUGAUGUGGCUAUGGUUCCACCAGAGUUUCUAAUAGAGACAGCUGAUCGAAGGAUGUUGGCGAGUUGGUGUCCUCAAGAAAACGUCCUUUCUCAUCCGGCAGUUGGAGGUUUCUUAACACAUAGUGGAUGGAAUUCGACUUUGGAGAGUCUCUCAAAUGGAGUUCCAAUGGUGUGUUGGCCGUUCUUUGCAGAGCAACAAACAAAUUGCAAAUAUUGUUGUGAUGAAUGGGAGGUGGGGAUGGAGAUUAGUGGAGAUGUAAGGAGGGAAGAGGUUGAGGAGUUGGUUAGAGAGCUGAUGGAUGGAGAGAAAGGAAAAAAAAUGAGAGAGAAGGCAGAAGAGUGGCGACGCUUGGCUGAGGAAGCGACGAAGCAUAUGUGUGGUUCGUCGGAACUAAGUUUUGAGAUGGUUGUUGGCAAGGUCCUUUUAGGGGGUAGAGAAUAAUUAUAAAAAUAUUUUAUGUUAUGAAAAAUGUGUACGUCAUACAUAUAUAUAUAUAUAUAUAUAUAAUCAUGAACAAGUAUUUGAGGUUCGUAGUUCGUACUUUUAUUUUAUCGUUUGUAUUUUAUAUCUUGAGUUAGCAAAUUGACAAGUAAACCAAUA